CAGGAGCCGAGAAGCAACAUUCGAAAUUCGGUAGACCUCGGGUUCGGAAGAUCUUCGGAAACAAUCGUGAGAAGACUAAACUUCGGAUUUAAUGUAUAAAAUAUUUUCUACGAAAUAAAUAUUGUUUGGAGGACGAAAGCCUGCCCACCUGCUUUACUGCCCACGUAUGACUUGGAGGAAUACCACAACUCAAGACAUGAGGAAAGAUAGUGAAGCUCAGGGACAAUUGUCUUCAGUUGAUUAUUAUCUGCCGUUACACAACCAAGGAGAAUACCUGCCAGUCCCAAAAUUCUUAACGAUAACAGCGGAGGACAUUAAUACGUUAGCUACCUCUAUGGCUCAAGCAUCGGACUUAUUUCCAAAUGAUACUGUAGAUUUGCAUUCACUCACAUCGAUCGACACUGACUUCUCCGAAUUCAAACCACAAGUGUCAUUAUCUGAAUGUUAUGUUCCUGAUCAUAACAUGAACACACCGUCCAUUUCGGAUGCCCCACCAUCUAUUCAGUACAGAGGAAUCAUUGCAACAGCACCAAUCACAUCUUCUUGUGAGGAUAGUUUACCAAGUUGGAUCCCAGGAACAAAUACCCUCACACCGACAGCUAUCGGCAGCAUCAUUACAAGCUCAAAUAGCUUGAUUAAUGAACAGGACGGGGCUAGUAUCCACGUUAGUAUGCCAGAUAGUCAACCUGUAAACGUGAGCCCAUCACACUCCUCAACAUAUGGCGUCCAGUCACCUCAAGGUUUGGACCUCCCCUUCACAUCACCCUACCAACAACAAGUUCCAGAAAACACAGCGAGUUUUGAUAGCUUCGAACAGAUCACGUUCCCAACCAGUGUUGCGCAGGUCGCCUCUAGUUGUGAGCUAAGUUACCCAGCAUCUGUCCACAGUGGAUUGAAAUACAGCUGGCCCCAGCCACCGACGGAAAAUAUCCCGUUUUUACCACACCAAUCAUUGUCACAACAUAAUAAUCGUAUGAACAAAUCACAACUUAACGUGCAACCUUCAGUCACUCACCACAGCAACACACCCAGACCGAUCAACGAAAUAGCGCUCGGACAACAUUCUAUGCAUUCUAGUACUGUGUCAUCGCCAGAUCUCCUCGCCACCACUCGUGAAAUUUACAAGAACUGCCCAGCACCGGGCAAAAUGACCACCAUGCCUAAACCUCGCAAAUACCCAAACAGACCAUGUAAAACACCACCACACGAGCGCCCAUAUCCCUGUCCUAUGGAGGGAUGCGAUCGACGAUUCUCUCGUAGUGACGAGUUGACCAGGCAUAUUCGCAUUCACACUGGUCAGAAACCAUUCCAGUGCCGAAUUUGCAUGCGAAACUUCAGUCGAAGUGACCAUCUUACAACUCACAUCCGUACUCAUACAGGGGAGAAGCCGUUUUCUUGCGAAACAUGCGGAAGAAAAUUUGCCCGUAGUGAUGAACGAAAGCGACACAGCAAAAUCCAUCUACGCCAGAAGGUGAAGAAGGAAAGCGAAUUGUUGAAAACAUCUUGCAGUUUCCAACAUAUCUCAACUGCUGUUACAACAUCAUCUUAAAUACUGGGAUAUAUUCAUACAUGAAAUAGGAAGCUGUUAUUAUAAUAUGUGUAAUUUUGGAAAUAUACUCUGCUACAGUGUUUUAUCGUGUAUAUUAUUAUCAAAAUGAAAUUAUGUGUUUUUGCUAUUUGUUCCAAGUGGAUACAUUUGUAAUGGAAUCCACUUGUGUUGGACUUGUGCCUAGGCCUUCUUGAUUGAACGCCUCAAAACGAAUAUCGGUAUGUUUAUAUACCAGUGGACUAUAGCCUAAAGCUAGGCUUAUAUUGACAAUGUCCUAGUAUAUCUAGGCCCCCUACUUUGAGUAGGUUGUGAAAGCUUCAGAACACCAUACUGGUGAUUCUGUAUAAUUGGACUUAGACUUGGCUUUUGCCAGUCAAAUAAGCAUCGCUAAUAAUUUAAAAUAUAUGGCUGCAAUUACUGCAACUGACGCUUACUUUUUGGUAACAUAAUAUAUAUUAUAGGUAUCUUUGCUAGCUUCCUUUUCUUACCACUUGACCAUGUUAUAUUUACCUUGAAACAAAAUUUGGUUCCCAUUUCACUUACUCUAACCCUUGGACCGUCUGGUCGUCUGCACGAACCUCAUAGGCCUAGGUCUGGAGGAAACCUCCUAACCGAAGCUUUCGAUAGCGUUUGUUGCGGGGGCUUGGACGGCCAAUCUGUUUUUCAAUACUAAGUCAAAAUUCUAUUCAUACGAAUGUGUGGGCAGGCCCAUUUAACAUAACAGUAUUGAAUUGCUAACAAACUCUUGUUUUGAUGUUUCUGAACUUAAAUUCUAAAUAUUUUUAAUAAGAGAAAUGUUUUUACAAUUAUAAGAAAUAACUGAAAAUCGUCAAUUCAUAAUCAUGUUAAUCAUUAAAUGAGGUAUUUUUUAUAUUGCUUGUUCAAUCAUAUGCAGAUAAACAACAUAAUUUAUUAAUAUGAUUUAUUAAGUUAUCAAAUCCAUCAUUGAGCCUAAUACAUAGUAUGAUUUUGUUAAGACAAAAAUAAAAAAUAAAUAAAACACCGAAAUAGUUAAUUGGUAUGAAUUUUCAGAUAUGCAUAAUAUCAUUCAUAAUAAUGUAUGUUGAGGUUAAUCAAUAUUAGAUAUGGUUCGUGAUUUGAUAUAAAAGUACUUGAAAGAAAUUGUUGAUAUUGAUAAUUGAUAAAAAAAAAAUAAUGACAAGAUCAUAAUAUGUAUUGUGAUGAUGCAAAAUUUUCAUGUUAACUGAAAUGCUUGGAAUGUUUUGGCCAAUUUCUUCAUAAUCAACCAAUGGAUAACCUAUCCUAUGUUUUAUUUCAAUUUUAUUCUUACAGUUUUCUAAACUGUUAAAUUCUUCUGCUACUGUAUGGAGUCGUAUAAAGUUAGGUAGGCCUGCCCUAUUGCAAAGGGCUAGCCUCACUCCGAUUCUAUCUAGUUUUUAGUGUCACACUAACAGUGUAGGCCUAAACUCCCUGGUCGCGCACCUUUUGCACAAGGCAGCCACGUAACCAGGGAGGCUAGAAUAUUGCUGCUUUUAACCAUAAGUCUUGUCGAUGCAUUCGGCUCGAUAAUAAAAUAUUUUAAAAUGAAAAAUAGA